GAAGAUUACGACUUUCGAACAACACCUAUUUGUCAUUGCUAGAUUGGUCAUUUAUUUUUAUAUGAGAAUUGCUUAAAAACUCAUAUUAUUAAUUUAUUUUAUAAUGACAUCAUAUGUGCGAGCAAUGUACGAUUUCUCUGGCGAGCCAGGAUCGUCGGAGAUUUCAAUUAAAGUUGGUGAAAUCCUGGCAGUGACUCGAACAGACGUUGGAGAAGGUUGGUGGGAGGGGAAGAAUAGUCAAGGAAAAGUUGGUCUCUUUCCAGCGGCAUAUGUGGAGGUAAUGUCGGCGGCGGAAGCACAGAAACACAAUCAGCAUGCUAGUGCUAGUAGCCCAGUUGCAUUGCCUGCUGCGACCACAACUGACCCAUCGAAUCGAUAUGAUCAAACUGCUGAUGAAUAUGACGACUGGGAGGAUGAUUGGGAUGAUGACAACGAGACUUACUCGGAAAUAGGGCCUAGUGGUGGGACAAAAACUAGUAAUCACACAGGUCUUGCUAAUCAACUAUCACAUUCCGCUAGCAAUUAUGAUAACAAAAAUCUGCCAGCUGCCCCAAUGGACGACACUAUCUCAUUAGCAUCUAUAGCUGCGCCGAACAACACAGCAACUUUAAAGAAGUCUGGAAUGUUCGGUAAAAGCUCAGAUUCGUAUAUACUGGGAUUGGGAAAUAAGGAAAAACUUUCUGAACACGAAAUUGUACAUAUUGCAUAUGUGGAAAGUUUUUGUUAUUGGCAAACUAAUCACCAACGUUACACUGUAAUAGUAGCCAGUCCCAAAAAAGAGUCUAAAUUUAAAGGAAUGAAAACUUUUAUUGCAUACCAACUGACACCCAGUUUUAACAAUAUAUCUGUAUCAAGACGGUACAAACAUUUUGAUUGGCUACAUGAACGUUUGGUGGAAAAAUUUUGCCUCAUCCCCAUACCACCGCUGCCAGAUAAGCAAAUUUCUGGACGUUAUGAAGAACAAUUUGUGGAACAUCGGCGGGUUCAAUUGCAAGAAUUCGUAGAUUGGGUUUGUCGCCAUCCUGUACUGUCACAAUGUGAGGUUUGGCAUCAUUUCUUGACCUGCAACGAUGACAAGAUGUGGAAAUCGGGCAAAAGGAAAGCCGAACGUGACACUUAUGUGGGAGUCUCCUAUUGUUGGGCCAUAUCACCGCCGGAAAAGACAUUGUUGCCAUCGCUUGUAGAUGCUCAAAUAGAAAGUUGUUUACAGUUCACGCAUGCAAUGGAUAUUUCGGUACGAAAUCUCUUGGCAUUAUCUAAUGAUACGGCGAAACGUUAUCAAACACAAUGUAAAAAAGAAUUCCAACGUAUUGGGGAUGGUAUGUCGGACUUGGCAAAGGCCUUAAAUAUAGACGAGCGUCGUGCACCUUCAAAAACAACACCGCUAUCAGAAAGUGUUGGGCGCGUUGGUGGUAUUUUCAUUGGUAUUGGGCAACUAUUUGGUGACCAACCUAAAUUGGACUGGAUACCACUUUCGGACCGUUUACAUAUCUACAGAGGCGUCCUCAACAGUUUUCCUGACAUUCUUUCAACACAUAAGGGUGCAAUGCAAAAACGCAAAGAAUGCGAACGUUUAACCUCUGAGCAAAAGAUGAGCAAUGCCCAAAUGACCGAUGUGAAUCGUCGCACCGAUGUCAUUUCUUACGCUGUAAUGGCAGAAAUGUCACAUUUUAAAGAAGAACGUGAUACGCAUAUGAAACAGGCGCUAAAAUCUUUUAUAGAAGAGCAAAUUAAGUUCUAUUCGAAUGUCGUUAAUAGGCUGCAAGAAGCUUAUCGCCAGUUUGAAUAAAUUCGGUAACUACAAACGUUGAUCCCUAAGCCACGGCCGCUUUUAUAUAAUUGCUUUAUUGUAUGUGUGUGUGAGAUUACAACAAUAGAAACAAUAGAGAAGCAGCACUGCACAAGAAAAUAUCCAAAACAAA